AGUAGUGAAAUGUAAGAAUAAAACCCUUAUUUUUAGGGUUUUACUUCUCCUUGGUCCAAGAAACAGAAUUUUGGGAACAUUUAAGAACUUCGUAAAUGAGUGUGCCUAAGCGGAAAUGGUCAUUGGAAGAGGAGGCUGCUCUUAAAGCUGCAGUUGUAAAGUAUGGAAUAGGCAAAUGGGUAGCAAUUCUUAAAGACCCAAAUUUUGGAUCUGUCUUGCAUCUUCGUUCAAAAGUGGACCUCAAGGAUAAGUGGAGAAAUAUGCGCAGUAGGAUGGCUGGUGGAUUUCAAGCUUGUCAAAGGGUUAAACCUUGGAUACCAACAACACUCCCAACUGAGAACUGUGGAAAUAUUACUAGUGCUCCUAAAGAAGAUUUCAUGAAAACAGACCCUUCUACAACAUUAGCUCUAUCAUUGCAAAACAGAACUUCUAAGUUGCCAAUGCCAAGGUUGGAUACUCUUAUAUUGGAUACCAUAGAUACGCUGAAGGAAUCAAUCGGUUCUACCCCUACUGCUAUUGCUAAAAAUAUCACGGAGAACUAUUUGGUGCCUAGCAACCUUAACAAACUGUUGAAAAGAGAGUUGGAGGCCUUGAUAGAUUGUGGAAUAUUGAAAAAGGUGAGGCAUCGAUACAGGUUAACACCAAGUUCAUAUUCAGAUAAGAACCCAUCUACUUUGCUUCUAGAAGUAGAGCAGGAGUGUUGUCUCAGUGGUACGAAGAUUCUUACAAAAGCAGAUAUUGAUGCGGAGUUGGAGAAGAUGAGGAUCAUGACCCCACGGCAGGCUGCUGCCAUGGCAGUGAAAGUAGUUGCAGAAGCGGAGGCAGCUCUUUUAGAAGCCGAAAAGGCAGCAAGAGAAGCAGAGGUAGCAGAAGCAGAUGCAGAAUCAGCCAAAGCCUUUGCUGCUGCUGCAAUGCGGGCAGUAAAACAAACUGCCCUUUGCAUAUGACUACAAGAACCAGGUUUCUCAACAAGAUCUACAGCAGACUCAUGUCAGGAUAUGUGCAGUUUUCUACAUAGUACAGCUCUUUUUGGUUGUGGAAAUGAUAGGCUUUUUGAAGGUUCAGUUAUGAAACCUUAGUUCUCUUUUGUGGUACAAAAUCAAGGUAUAAGUAGAUAGAAAGAAAUACAUGCAACUCUAUGAGCCUUAUGAACAAGUUUGCUGUUCUUGAGAUGUGAUAUCAUUUACA